AUGUCACCAUCGUCUGCCAACCCCUUCCCUUCUUUUCCCCUAACAGGGAUACAAUUUCCUACAACCCCCCUCGUAUUAUCUUCAUACCAACAUGCGAAAAAGUACGCGACCCCAGGUGUCUUAAACCAUGUCCUCCGAAGUGCAGCUUUUUGUCUCCUGCUUCAGAAGAAAAUACCCGAGUUUGUUAAGCUCGGUGACUCUCUUGACAUGGAGCUCGUUGUCGUAAGCUGUCUUCUCCACGACCUGGCUUGGUCCAAGACGAAGGCGCUUGUCACGAACACGAGACGCUUUGAGGUUGAUAGUGCGAACCUCUCCCGUGAGUUCAUAAACGCAACGUCGGAGAAGGAUGGCACUUGGGAACAAGGUAGUCGCCGUAUGCAGAUUGCCUGGGACGCCAUCGCCCUUCAUACAAUGGAGACCAUUGCACCUUGGAAAGAGCCUGAAGUCGCGCUUGUUCACUUCGGUGUCCAUGGAGAUCUUCUUGGACCAAAUUUGCACCUCCUCGGUCUGCCGGAGGACCUACCUAACUUGGAGGGCGUUAUAACAGAAGAAGAGUUCAAGGAGAUUUCUAACGCGUUUCCGCGCAUGCAUUUUGCAGAUGAGUUUAAGGAGAUCUUUUGUGGCUUGUGCCGGGAUAGAGGUCGUUACUCUUUUGAUAGUAAUGUGGAGAAGUACGGAUUGGAGUGGGGAUAUGAUGGGAAGGGAGCUGGAGUAGAGGAGUUCAAGAAGUUGGUGGAAGAUGCUCAGCGAGCUAAGAGCCUGUAUGGCAUCAUGAGUGCUAUUGAUAAGCUCUUAGAUAAAGCUUAG